UGGAAUGUUUACCAAACGAAUUGCGGUGAAAGGAAAGCAAUUUUUUGAUACAUUCACGAAUAUUUCAACCAGUAAACAAAUUAAUAUUAAUUAAUUAAUUAAUCAGGAGGACGUUUGAUUUGUUUCAAGCUAUAAAUUCAUUGAAAAUAUAUAAUUGGUACGUAAAUUAAUUGUCCUAUUGUAAACUCUAACCUUGAAGUUAUUUUUUCUAACAAUAAAUAAAUCGGGGAUAAGGUUAUAAUCCAAGCAAAUAUAUCCUGAUAACACGUCAUUUAUUUAUUGAUUUUACAAUAAGGGAUGAUAUUAAUAAAACGCUAAACUGCAAUUAUGGACUCGGAUGAUACAAAUAGUUCUAGAAAGCGCAACACACGUUACGCAAGUAAGCAGACCAUUGGCACUGACACGGUAACCAGAAAAUUCCUCCAAAACUUCGAUCCCCAGAGUAGCGAGAGAGAAAAACGUAAACUCCAUCGCCGUCUUUAUCCAGGAAGCAAAAAACAUAUUUUGUACGACGAAAGCGGCGUUUUUAUACAAACUGGGACAAAUAUAUGUGAUUGUUUGCAGCCAGAUUGCUCCGGUUGUCAUUUUCCAUGCCCGAAAUGCGGCUCGAACAAGUGUGCUCAUGAGUGCAGGGCUCAUCGCCGAUGGACUUACGAUUCAAUUGAAAAUGAAGGAAGUGAUAUUAUUUUAAAAAAUCCAGUUGCAAAAGACUCUUAAUAUUCAGUUGAUUUUUUAUUUUAAAUUUUGUUCAUAAAUAAUGCUAAUUGAUUUUUUUUUAACUAUUUAUCAAUUAACUCGAUUGAAAAUAGAUCGAUUUUAUAUAAUUCAAAAAGUAUUUGAAUUUUUAAUUAGUUCAAGGUAAAUGAAA